AUCUGAUUCAUUCCUGCGUCUAGCAUUCCAGUAUGAGCCCGAUAUUGAAUAUUAUGCUCAUUCAAAAGUGGUAAUUGGUGCUAUGGACAAGGAAUGUCCGCAUUGUCAUGCUCUGAAAUUCAAAAAUGAGCCAGCUGGGAUGUGUUGCACGUCAGGAAAAGUGCAACUACCUGAAAUUGAGACACCACCUGAACCAUUGAACGGCUUACUUAUCGGCACGGAUCCAGAUUCUAACGUGUUCCUGAAGUCAAUUCGAAGAUUCAAUUCAUGCUUUCAAAUGACAUCGUUCGGAGCAACAGAAAUAGUUCGAAAUACUAAUGCAAAUGGUCAACAAUUCAAUUAUACAUUCAAAAUCAGAGGCCAAGUUUAUCAUAAAAUGGGCUCACUGCUGCCAAUGCCAAACGAACCACAUAAAUUCUUACAAAUCUACUUUAUGGGCGGCGAGGAUUCCGGAAGCGCACUUACCAAUCGCAUGAAUGCACGUUGUGAUUAUAAUAACCUUGAUUCACUUUAUGCCAGGCGCAUCGUCAGCGAGCUAGAUGCUCUUUUGAACGAGCACAACGAGUUGUUGAAAAUAUUCAAAUCACAUAUGCACCAAUUACAAAGCGAUAAUCACGCUAUCGUCAUUAAUCCUGAUAAAACACCAGCUGGAGAACAUAUUCGUAGAUUCAAUGCACCCGUUGUUGACGAUGUUGCUGGAAUCAUGGUUGGCGAUUGUACAGCUGCACGAGAAAUUGUGAUUCGUAGAAGAAAUAAUAAUCUUCAGUUCAUUGCUGACACACAUCGUUCAUAUGACGCUCUCCAAUAUCCGCUAAUAUUCUGGAAGGGACAAGACGGAUAUUGCAUAAACAUAAAACAACGAGAUCCCGUAUCAGGAGCUGAAACAAAUAAGAACGUUAGCUCAAAGGAUUAUUAUGCGUACCGAUUAAUGAUUAGACGUGGCCUGGACAACGUCAUUUUACGAUGUCGUGAGCUUUGUCAACAAUUCAUGGUCGACAUGUACGCGAAGAUUGAGAGCGAACGACUACGAUACUUACGAUAUAAUCAACAAAAGCUGCGCGCGGAAGAGUACAUUCAUUUGCGAGAUGCUAUCAACAAAAACGCCGACGUCGCCAAAAUUGGUAACCAUGUCAUUUUACCAUCAUCGUACGUAGGCAGUCCACGUCAUAUGCAAGAAUAUAUACAGGAUGCUCUGACUUUCGUGCGCAAAUAUGGACGACCAUGUUUAUUUAUCACGUUCACAUGUAAUCCAAAAUGGCCAGAAAUUACAUCUUUGCUACUGCCUGGCCACAAUGCAAUACAUCGCCAUGACAUUACAGCACGUGUGUUCAGACAAAAGUUGAAGUCUUUAAUAAGUUUCAUUACUAAAUCACAUGUAUUUGGUCCCACACGUUGCUGGAUGUAUUCGGUUGAGUGGCAAAAGCGAGGAUUACCUCAUGCACACAUUUUGGUUUGGUUCAUCGACAAAAUCCGUCCUGAAGAAAUCGAUAGUAUCAUUUCUGCGGAAAUUCCAGAUCCAUCCACUGACCAACUGCUGUUUGAUAUUGUUACAACAAACAUGAUUCAUUGUCCAUGUGGUACUCUUAAUAGUUCAUCGCCUUGCAUGGCUGAUGUCAAUGGCAAUGUCACAAAUGUCGACGGAUACCCAAUAUAUCGUCGAAGAAAUCCUGAAAAUGGCGGACAAUCAUUUAUUAAAAAUAUCAUCAACACAGACAUUGAUAUUGACAAUCGUUGGGUGGUGCCAUAUUCGCCUCUGCUGAGCAAGACAUAUAAUGCUCAUAUUAAUGUUGAGUUCUGCAGUUCUGCGAAGAGCAUCAAAUACAUUUGCAAGUAUGUCCAUAAAGGCAGUGAUAUGGCUGUGUUUAGAGUGGAAAAUACUAAUGUGAAUGCUCCUCCAGUGAAUAAAAACGAUGAAAUAACGCUCUACCAAAUUGGUCGGUACAUCAGCUCCAAUGAAGCUGCUUGGCGUAUCUUUGGUUUUCCAAUUCAUGAACGGGAUCCAGCAGUUGUUCAGUUAGCCAUCCAUCUUGAAAACGGUCAGCGUGUAUUUUUCACGAACGAGACAGCGAUUGAUCGUGCAAUAAAUCCACCUAAAACUACACUCACUGCAUUUUUUGAAUUGUGUAAUCGUGCGGAUGAUUUUGGUGCCUUUGCACGAACAUUACUCUAUUCACAAGUACCACGCUAUUUCACAUGGACUGAAACAAAAACAUGGAUGCCCCGCAAGCAAGGCUCACCAGUUGCUGCAUGUCUCAAUUUAUUUAAAUCAAACGCCUUGGGGCGAUUAUUUACAGUCAAUCCAAGACACACGGAGUGCUUUUAUCUUCGACUGUUGUUGGUUAAUGUUACUGGCCCAUUAUCAUUUCAAGAUAUACGUAAAGUGAAUGGGCAACAAUAUCCAACGUAUAAAGAUGCAUGCCUUGCACUCGGCUUGCUGGAAGACGACAACCAGUGGGAAUGCAUGCUUGCUGAAGCUGCAUUGAACUGUACAGCAAUAAAAAUUCGUCUACUAUUCGCUAUAGUGUUGACUACAUGUUUCCCAGCCCGAGCACAGAUAUUAUGGGAAAAUCACAAAGAUUCAAUGACUGAUGAUAUAUUGCAUCAACAUCGUAUACGGUGCCACGAUCUAACCAUAACAUUCAGCGACGAAAUGUACAAUGAAGCAUUGAUUGCUAUUGAAAAUCUUUGCAUUGUCAUUGCCAACUUACCACUCAGUCAUUUCGGUAUGAAUUCGCCAAAUCGAGGUGCAACUGAUUUAAUGAAUACUGAAAUGAAUCGUGAACUGCAGUACAGUACUGUAGAAAUGGCAGCGAUUGUUGCCCGCAAUGUCCCACUAAUGAAUGAGGACCAAAGAAUUAUUUAUGAUCGCAUUAUGCUCGCAGUUUCAGCUGGACAAGGUGGGUUCUUCUUUUUAGAUGCACCAGGUGGAACUGGCAAGAUAUUCCUUAUUUCGCUAAUUCUCGCCAAAAUACGAUCCAAUAAUGGCAUCGCAUUGGCCGUUGCAUCAUCGGGCAUUGCGGCAACUUUAUUGGAUGGAGGCAGAACAGCUCAUUCAGUGACUUCAGACAAACACUUCCCGCCAUUCCAGGUUCAACAUACGCUGAUGAAAUCAACGCCUGCUUAA